AUCGCGCGUGCUUUCCAACGCAGCUUCAUUCCCAGCUGUAGAACAAAUCGACAUCAGCUGGGGUUUGCAUCAAGUAGCACCUUGGUGGCCAAAAUCGUGACAUUUUUAGCAAACGUAAAACUGCGUUGUGCAAAGUGUCGGAUAUUUUUGAAACCCUGCAGAGUGUCUCUUUUGUCGUGGCGCGACACGCGACAAAGGAGCAAUAACAUUACAUCGAACCCGGCAAACAAAGAGGUCCUUUUCUCAACGUCAACAUUUUUCCCCCAUACUCCUUAGUGAUGAGUCAUGUGUCCGUCGAGAAUGUCCACGGUCUAGAACAGCAGCUCGACACGAAAAUAAAAUGGAGGUGCGCGGAGCUGGACCCCAUGGAGUUGACGCGCUCAAAAUGCUGCGUUUGACACUUGCUGUCCUAGACUUGACUGCAGCAGACGGACAAGGUGGCGGCACCAGCAGACGAUACAUUCCUCCCCAUUUACGGAACAAAGAUGGUCCCAAAAAUGCAGGAAAUGCGUUCGUUGCUGGUCGACAGGGCGGUUACACCAUCGCGCCUGCCGCCGCCUUCGGUUGGGAUGGGGGCCGUGGCAACUUUGUCAACGGCUUCCAUGACAACCGCAUGACUGGCAGCAACACCUAUAACCGUGGCCCGCCUCGCAUGGAGCGGGGCCGAGGGGGUUUGGGCGGAGGCGGCUACCGUGGCAACAGAGGUGGAGCCUUCAAUCCCAUCAACCCCGCUCAGCCGAUGGCCUUCGGGUUGUACGAAAACAAAGAUGCUGGUGGGUGGAACACCGCCAAGGAUGCCUAUAGCAGCUUUGGAAACAACAGAGGAAAAUCUGCGUUCUUCAAUGACAGAAGCAAUGCCAAUCGUGGACGGUUCGACCAUGGUGGUUAUAGUGGCGGCGGCGGUGGUGGAAACAGCAGAUGGGUAGAGGAGGUCAGAGAUGACGGUGACUGGUCCAAACCAACACCAUGCAACGAACGCAUUGAGCACGAGCUGUUCUCUGGCAGCAACACUGGGAUUAAUUUUGAGAAAUACGAUGACAUUCCUGUUGAAGCCACUGGACAGAACUGCCCUCAUCAUAUUGAAAGUUUCCAGGACAUAGACAUGGGCGAGAUCGUUAUGGGCAACAUUGGACUGAGCCGCUACACCCGACCCACCCCAGUUCAGAAAUAUGCCAUUCCUAUUGUAAAGUCCAAGCGAGACCUCAUGGCCUGCGCACAGACAGGUUCUGGUAAAACAGCGGCAUUCCUGCUACCAAUUCUCAGCCAGAUCUAUGCUGAGGGACCAGGAGAUGCUCUCAAUGCAGCUAAAGCCUCUGGGCAGGAGAAUGGAAAAUAUGGCCGUCGUAAGCAGUACCCCAUUUCUCUGGUCCUGGCCCCGACUCGAGAGCUUGCACUGCAGAUAUAUGAUGAGGCCCGGAAAUUUUCCUACCGAUCCAGAGUGCGUCCCUGCGUUGUUUAUGGAGGAGCAGACAUUGGCCAGCAGAUUCGAGAUCUGGAGAAGGGAUGCCAUCUGCUGGUGGCAACACCUGGAAGACUGGUGGACAUGAUGGAAAGGGGCAAGAUUGGGCUGGACUACUGCAAAUACCUUGUCCUGGAUGAAGCCGAUCGAAUGUUGGACAUGGGCUUUGAGCCUCAGAUACGGCGCAUUGUUGAACAGGACACCAUGCCCCCUAAAGGAACCCGGCAGACCAUGAUGUUCAGCGCGACAUUCCCCAAAGAGAUCCAGAUUCUGGCCAGGGAUUUCCUGGAUGACUACAUUUUCCUGGCUGUGGGCAGAGUGGGCUCCACCUCAGAGAACAUCACUCAGAAGGUGGUGUGGGUGGAAGAGAGCGAUAAGAGGUCUUUUCUUCUGGACCUGCUGAGUGCGACAGUCAUCCCCAACGAAGUGCAGGACAAUGCUGGAGACAACAUGGAGAAGCCUGGAAAGGACUCGCUGACUCUGGUUUUUGUGGAGACCAAAAAAGGAGCUGACGCCUUGGAAGACUUCCUGUACAGGGAAGGCUACGCCUGCACCAGUAUCCACGGUGACCGCUCCCAGAGGGACCGAGAGGAGGCCUUAAACCAGUUCAGAUCUGGGAAAUGCCCCAUCCUGGUGGCCACAGCUGUUGCAGCUCGUGGUCUUGACAUCUCCAAUGUGAAACAUGUGAUUAACUUCGACCUGCCAAGUGAUAUUGAGGAGUACGUUCACCGCAUUGGACGCACAGGGCGAGUGGGGAACCUGGGACUGGCCACAUCGUUCUUUAACGAUAAGAACGGGAACAUCACUAAAGACCUACUUGACAUCCUGGUCGAAGCCAAACAGGAAGUUCCCUCAUGGCUUGAGAGCCUGGCUUAUGAGCACCAGCAUAAGAGCAGCAACCGCGGACGCUCUAAAAGGUUUGCUGGCGGUUUUGGAGCGCGUGACUACCGUCAGACAGCUGCUGGAAGCAACGCAGGAGGCUUUGGUAGCCGCGGCGUUCGCAACCAGGCAGGACACGGAGGAGCCCGCAGCUUUGCAGGAGGUGGCUUUGGGACCUUCUAUACCAGCGACGGCUACGGCGGCAACUACUCGCACUCGCAAGUCGACUGGUGGGGCAACUAGGCCGUUCUUCUCUCUCUUUCACACACUUGUCACCUCCCCACUCAACUUUCUUCCUUUCUCAGCUCUGUCUUCCGCACUCCAUCUGCGCCCCCCCCCCCCCCCCCCCCCCCCCAUCAACAUUUAGAACCUAUGUGCAUGCUAUUAAAGUAUUUAUACUCAUUAUAUAGCCCCAACCCCCCAUCCUGCCCCUCUACAACAUACACCCUUCCAUCCCUGGACAAUGUAAUCAAAAUUUCUUUCCCAGUCAAUCAGCAGACUACACGGCGAAGGGAUUUUUCCAUUUCAUUUGGCAACAUUCCCCUCCGAGGGGGAAUAUUUUCCUUGUGGCACUUUUCAUGUUUCAGUUGUGGCUUCAUCAUGUUUUUGUUGUGCCAUCACUCAAAGGCACACCCACCCACCCAUGCGUCACCUUCAAGUUUCAUGCAUGUUCACCUUGCGAGUAAAAACCACAGCAUGGAGACAUGAAACUAAUUCCGACAUAGGAACUGGCCGAGGCCACCAUCUGGAAGAGAAGCGACAAAUAUUGCUCUUUUUUUAUUUGUUUUUUGUUUUAAAUUGAAGUGCAGAUAUUAUGAUGUCUGAGAUCCAGGAAAUAGAGCUGGAAUUUGGAAACCUCGAAACAGACUCAUAGGACUUGAUUAAAAAAAAAAAAAAAAAGAAAAACAAACCAAGAUCAUUUGUUUCUGCACUGUGCCUUCAAGAAUUGGAGCAUUGGCUUUUUCUUCGUUCUGUUCUGCAACUAAAACAUAGUUAAUGUCACGUAUAGGUUUAAACAUGUUCUCUUGAUUUCUCUUUGGAAGGAAACAAGCUAGACUUGAGCUAAAUCAAACCUUGGCAAAACUAAACUUAAAACAAAACUAAAACCGUGUUGAAGUGAUCCCACGUCUGUUGAUCUCGUUCCCGAAAGCAUGAAACCUCCUCCUGCAGGAGGCUUCAUACUUUAAGGAACCUGUUCGGAUGUCAGCCUUGUAGCUCUGCUUUGAGCUUGAAGUCGAGCCUAAAAAAAGUCGGGUUUUCAGGAACUGGGGCUGCUGACAGGAGAACCGGGCUUCGCAGCACAGCACUUCAAAUUAAAUGCUGACCUUGCUGUUGCUGUGUUGUCAAGUCCUGUCUAUCAGUGCCUCUGCUUGUUGGGCCGACUCUUGGGAACCCGAGUCCUCCUCCACACACAACCCUCGUUGGUCAAAAAAUGAAAAGAGAUCUAAAAUUCCUUGCUCACUCUAUCCUGGAGAGUCACAUAAAGAGUUUUCUCUUCAGAAAACAAGUCAUUCCAGUAUUGCUUUGGGUGUUUUGGAUCUGUUUUGGUCGGGGAUGAAUGCACACAAGUGUUUCCCAGCAGGCGUAGUGGAGGCUUCUGGGGGAGUAAGGCUAGCAGGCGAAAAAAGUGUUUACAUUAGGUUUGAAACUGUGGUUUCUCCCAACCACACGACGGCGUCGAUAAUAAUACUACUAAUAAUGAUAAUGGUUACACUCGCAUUAUACUCCUGCUGUGGAGCCCGGCCAACUACCAGUGCAUUCAGUUUAAAAAUCCAAAAAUGGAGAGCUUGAUUUCUUUUAUUUACAUGAAGAUCUUAAGUGAGUUAUCAAGUAGGUGAUUAUGUAAAUAGUAGAGCUCUAUUUAAAAUACAUAUGAAGAGAAAGGUGGGAAUAUGCUUAAUACAUUUUGGACCAGAUGUUUAAAUUGCCCGCUGGCUUAGAUUUAUCAAACCGCCAGACCGGACCAAGACAAUAGGGCAUAUGCAAGUGUUGUUGUUUUUUUUUGGUCAAGCAAUUUUAGCAAAGCAAGUAUCGCAAUUCUUGAGCAGGUUUUUAUUUAUGCUGUUUCCCCACAUUUGUAUUUUUUUUUUUUAGAUUGCAUUUCACUAGGAGGUUGUGUUGAGUUGUCGGGUGUUUCGGGAACAAAAUGUUAAAAAGCAGCAGUUUCGUGUUUCCGCUAAGGGGGGCUGUCUCUGUUGUUUUUACCGGCUUAAUUAACUCUUUCAUUUCUAGUCCUCGCGGUCGAGCUGCAGUUUGACGCGGGUGAAACGAUGGUGGCCAGAACAAGUUUGGACAAUGCUGCACACUAAAGUAGAAGAUAGGCUUGCACAUGACAAUCUGUUGUUGAGGACUUCAUUCUUUGUUGGAUCAAUUGCACUUUUUCACCUUUUUGGGUACACCUCAACCACCCCAAACCCCGCCCGCCCUCAUUUACGUAACAUUCAUAGCUCAUUCCGACAGAGAUCUGGCUUGCUUGCACUCUGCUGUCACAAACUCCUCUGUGCCUUGCGAUGAUUCCGUAGACGCCGAAGCGUGUGUGUGCGCGCGCGAUAGGGUAUAUGAUUUCACACCGUCGUUCCUUUUCCGAUGGCUUCGCUGCUCGUAAACGUCUCCACCUGCGACUUAGCAUAGUUCAUGACAAGCAGGUUAGCCUGUUGAUGUUAGCAUUUAUCUCCAAGCACUUAUGGAUGUGCCAAUUGCACAGUUGUUAGCGUGUGUUGUUGUGAGUUUUGUUGUUGGCGUGGUGGUGAAGUGUGGUCCAUUGCAAAUCAUUACACGCCUCAGUUGUCAACCUUUUGAUGCCUUAAAUUCAAGAGGGUAAUAGAAGUGACAGUGGAUGCACGUUAUAUAUAAGCUGGCUGUACGUGGCACCACCUUGGCAGAGAAUUCAACGCCUCCGCGGUAACUAACAGACUCUUGAGUAAGGAAGGAUUUCAUGGUGCUACGCUCCCUUUGCUGCGGCCUGCAGGCCUUCCGUUUGUAGAAAGACUGAGAAUCCUACGUAGUUUUACACAAAUAAAAAUACCUCCGACAAAUUCUGUAGCACAGUUUCCUUCAACGCCUCUCGAGAGGUACGUAUGAGUGAGUGUUUAUAGUCGUUAAAAGACUCCUCCAUAGUGAAGUGUGUGUGUGUGUGUGUGUGUAAGUAAAAGGAUGUGAACCUUGUUUGGUGAGUACCGGUUUGCGUUGUCGUUCACGAUGGCAAGAUCCAGCUGUUUGCACCCAGAGUUCUCGAGUCUACUUUUGCGCUGCUAGUUUGUGUAAUUUAUCAAAAACAUUUUGAGAAAUAUUUAUUUUUAUAAGCCUAGUGCAAAUGUUUAAAAACAAGUGACUUGACCAAAAGACAGUGAACAAAAACACUGGCACAUGAAUGUUGAAUGUCAUUGGUGUGAGUGGAAAUUUCUAUUUUUCUGGGGUAGUGUGAGCUUUUUAAUAACCGCGUAAGGGGGUUUCUCCCAUUAUGUCUCUUCACCGAUACGAAAGCUGGUCGGGCGGUGUGACAUACGGAGAGAAACCCAUUACCUUGAAAGUCUCAUUGGACUCUAUCAGAUCCACCAACCUGUUGGUGCAACAGGUUCAGAUACCAAUCACGAUAAUAAUAAUACACCAUUAGCAGCCAUUUGCAAUUGGCCAAAAUAAUAUUAAUUUGAGACAAUUCCACCAAAUAUGCCAAGGUUUGGAUUAAAUUGUAAGAAUCAAAAACAGUUUUGUAAAAAAAGAAAAAAACUAACAUGCAGUACAAAAAAAAAAAAAACACGUGUCCAGAUUCGCUCCAAGUCAGUUUUUUUUGUUGUUGUUCAUUUGUUUUGACACUUUUCCUUCCUAUGAAUACCCUUUGUGUGAUUGUCUAUUAGCAAGUGGGGAUGUUAAAAGUCUAUAACAGAGUUAACUGUGAUUGUAUUGCUAUGUUGUUGUGAUCUGCAUAUUUUCAGGCACAGCGCUUGCAGCUGAGCGUCCGGCCAGUCAGAAAACAGGCAAACGACAUGUGAUUGGAUUUGUCGUGUUUGCCGCGUUACUGUUUGUAGCUCGUGGCCACAGCACAUCAGUGACAUUUCAGGGAGAAGUCUCCCAAUGCAGCCUUUUGUAUUACAAACGUUGUAUUCCAAAUAUGCUGGCCCUUUUAAGUUGUUUGGAGAGAAGAAAAUAGCUGCAAUAAGCAGACUGAGGUGACAUGGCGACAACAGGUACUUUUUGGUUUUAUCUCACAAAUAUGUCAAAAAUGCAUGAAGCCUGUUGUCGCCACCAAUGACUGGCCAGACAGUUCAGCAUGGACACACGGCGCCGCCAGCCUGCUAGUUAGUAUUUGCUUUAUGUAUUAGUUUAGCAGUUGUGCACGAAGAGGAGCACUACACCAAGAAAAAAAAAAACAAUAUUGUGCAUCCAUUGUGAUUUUACCACAAUUAAAGGUUUGGAUUUGCAAAACUA